AUGUCCGACUCGGAAACACCGCCACCGCCUCUCAAUGACGCCCCCACAGAAGAAGCCUCUCCUCUCCCAAGCAGCAGUCUCUCAGCCACCGCACAGACACUCGGCUCGUCCAUCCAAGCAAUGCAGCAAGCGCUGGUCGGCAAUCUGCAUCAAGCCGCGCAAAUGACAUUAUCAAUGAACCUAAUGAUGGAAGAGCUAGUCAAGCGCGCCAUCCAAAUAACCGUCCACGCCACGGCCACCGCCCCAUGCUUCGCCUGCUCGCUGCGUAUCACCGUGAGGAACAGAUCACCAAUCCCACUGGUGCAAAUGGCCACUGAGCUGCACUUUGCUCCGAGCAAUGGUGCCAAAACGGGUGGCUUCACCGCAGAGUGCGAGCGCGAGCGCGAGCGCAAGGACGGGGACGGGGACGGGGACGGGGAGCUGGGUAUUAUGGGGGAGCAGGUGGACAAGGACCAGGUGGUGAUGCGCGGCGUUAGGCUGCGGCCACUGGCCAGUGGCGAAGCGGCCCACGCCAUUGUGCGCUUGGGCGCCCAUGUGCCGGCGCGUAUCCGCGGUCGCAUCUCCGUUGCAUUCACCAGCCCUGGGACUGGCAAGCCGCUGAGCGUGCAGCAUGCCUUUGGCAUUCGCGCGCUGCAGCUUAUUGACUGCCAUUUCCUUGCCGCCAACAAUACGGAUAGCAGCACAGCGAUGGUUGCCCUGGACUCGAUGGAGCCUGUGCAUGUGGACAUCGCCCGUGUGCGUGAGGUCUUUGCGGUCCCGCCCGCACUGGGCGUUGCUGCCGGCUGCUUGCUGAUGCUCGGCACAGCCGGCGGCCUGGGCCUUGUCGUCCGCAGCGUGUCCGCCGACUCGCGCUCCGCCGAAUGCCAUUGGGUCGGCACCGCCGCCGCCACCAGCUCGCCGCUAUUCCCCCUGAUCCCGACCCUGACACACGAGCUGUCUUUUCAAAAAAAUGCACAAGAUAUACUGUAA